AAAUCAAAACAUUGUUUCUCGUUUGUUUUGACCGGAAUUUAAUAUUUAAAUGGCUACGAACGAGCCCGUUGUUAAUUUGGAAACUAGUAUUAAAGUUGAACCGGCAAGCCUAACAGAUCCGGAAGAAUCGCCCCCACCUGACGUUGACCCAGCGGACCCAGAACAACAAACAGACGACAAAUGGGCCCACGAGUGCGAGAUCUGCGGAAAAGGGUUCAAGUAUCGGACCAGCAUGAAGCGGCACCUGCGUUCGCACACCGGCGAACGGCCCUUCAAGUGUACCGAUUGUGACAAAACGUUCGUCCGAUCGACGAACCUUAAACGGCACAAGUUAAUUCAUUCGCUGGAACGACCGUUCAAGUGUGAAAUCUGUGGUAAGGAGUUCAACGAUCGGAGUGCCAUGCCGGGCCACCUACGGACGCACACCGGCGAGCGGCCGUACAAAUGUGAGGAAUGCGGUAAAACUUUUGGUCGGCGGGAUACGCUACGCCAGCACAAGACCACCCAUUCCGGUGAGCGGUCGUUUAAGUGUAAGGUGUGUAGUAAAAGUUACUUUUCGAAGGUGACUCUCAAGGCGCAUGAGUUCAAACAUGCCGACAUGCACCCGCACCGGUGCGAUAUUUGCGGCAAGCUGUGCGGGUCGAAACAGGAUCUUAGCGAGCACGGAAAGGUUCAUCUCGGUGAGGAACCCUUUAAGUGCGAGACCUGUGGGAAGAAUCUGAAUAGUAAGUACUAUUUUAAACUGCAUCGGCGGUUGCACACCGGACACGGGAUUUUCAAGUGCGAGAUUUGCGGGAAGGAAUUUGUGAAGAAGGCUUUCCUGCAUUAUCACACGGUUGCUGUGCACACCGGUGAUAAGCCGCACAAAUGUAACAUCUGCGAUAAGGGGUUCGUAACGAAUGCCCAUCUGAUGCGUCACAUCCGGUACCACGUGGACGAGCAUCGGUGUACGAUCUGUGGUAAGACGUUUCUGAGUUACUACGUUAUGAAACGGCAUAUGGCCGUUCACUGAUCGGGACGAUCAGUUGAGAAAUCUGUAUGCGUUAAUGCACAUAAUAAUCCAGUAUUUGUCGUCAGCCAAUUCGGUA